AUGGCUACUCUUGCUCUCUCAUCCUCUCUCCGCUUCGCUUCUCCAUCCUCCAAUCUUUCUCCGCCUUCACUCACUUCAAUUCCACGUUUAUCACUCUUUUACUACCCCUCCUCCUCUGCUUACCCUUCUGCUCUCUCUUCCUCUCUCUUCAUCUCUCCUCCUUUCCUCACUCACCCCACAAGUUCCAGACCACUUUCUCUCUCCUCCUUCACUGUGAAGGCCAGUUCUGCAGAUAAAAAGAAGGUUCUCACAGUCAAUACCAACAGUGGUGGGCAUGCAGUCAUUGGCUUCUACUUUGCAAAAAACCUUCUGGGUUCUGGCCAUGAAGUCACCAUAAUGACCGUUGGUGAAGAUUCUCCGUUCAAUAGAUUCUCCGUAAACAUUUCAACAUUAUAUACAUACAAAUGGGCACACACGGCUAAAUUUACACGAAUACUCAAUUUGUGCUUCAUUCUUUGUGUUCUAUGGUGGGAAAUAGUAAGCGCUGGUGGGGAUCCCGUAGAAAUUGAGAAGGUUUUGAAGGGGGCAGCUUUUGAUGCAGUGUUGGAUAACAAUGACAACGACUUGGAUAAAGUGAG